ACCGAUCAUUUCAAACCAGAGGAUCUGACGAAGCAUUUUAGGCGUACCCUUGUGCGACCAGAAGCAGUGCCUUGUAUAUAUUUGUUGAGGGCACACGUCUAUGUUCAAAGUACUGAGAAUGACCAAAUCUGUUCCACUGGGAUUGCGAGCAGUGAUUCUACGACUGAUAUUAACAUCGCAGUCCACAACAGCAAUAGACAGUGUUGCUUCUGAGACAGAUGUUUUAUGUGCUUCUUCAAAUUUGAUAAAAAGCACUACUUGUAGUAUGAGCACGGAAUCUCAGGAUCUUGCCCAAGAUAAUGCUGAUGGUAUAAACGUCGAUUAUACUUAUUCUGGAACAAUAGAAGGCAAUUAUGAAACUCCUGUGAAAUGUCAAACUCCUUUGAUGAGGCAAGAUGUGCAUUCUAGUGCCAAAAGGAAGCAUUUAGAUUUCCAAACUGAAUCAGUCGAUGAGAGUAUUCAUUCAAACAUUCCCGAUAAUGAGUUACAAGUAAGUAUUACUAAUUUGUUGAA